GAGAGGUGUGACAUUUCACCUUUCGGACGCGGCGCUCCUCGUCUCCCUUUCUCUCCCUUUCUCUCCCGUUGCUCUCACCCCCACCCCAAUCACGCACUCUCAUCCUCCCCCUCAAGAUGCUAAUAGCCCUAACCGGGCCCCCCUGCUCCGGCAAAGCAACCAUAGCCCACUACCUCACAACCUUCCAUGGCUUCCAACCCCUCCUCCUCGCCGCAACAGCACACCACGCCCCCAAAUUCACCUCCCAGCUCCGCCAACCCCUCACCUUCCCGACCGCGGAAGCCCUCACCGCCCACGUCACGCAGCACUGGAACCGCGAUUUUGUCCUGGUCGCGAUUGGGGAUGUCAGGGAUUGGGAGGUUAUCAGUAAACGACCCUUUGCGAUGUUGGUCGGGGUGGACGCGCCGAUGAGUGUGCGGUAUAGAAGGGUGUGCGAGAAAAUCAAGAAUAGGACACACAAGGAGGAGGAGGAGGACGGAUACCCCUCGGAGAUGACGCUGGCGGAGUUUGUAGAAGCCGACGAGAAGAUACUAUUCGGUUCAGGAUACGGGUCUGACCUCCCAUCCAUCUCCGCAAUGACGCUCGAAAACUCCACGCCAACAUCACCCCCAACCUCCUCCGCCGCCUCCACCUCCUCCACCGACCCCCCACCAACCCUCCACACCCUCCUCCCGCACGCCACCCUCCUCCUCUUCAACCCCUACCCCACCCUCCCCCUCCUCCACGAACACCUCCGCCUCACCCACCUCACCAACCCGCAACGUCUCCGCCCAGGCUGGGACAUGUACUUCAUGGCCCUGUGCGACCUCGCCGCGCGCCGCAGCAACUGCAUGAAGCGCCGCGUGGGGUGUAUUCUGGUCAAGAACAAUCGCAUCAUCGCGACGGGGUACAAUGGGACACCGAGGGGGGUGACGAACUGUGCGGAGGGCGGGUGUCCGCGGUGCAAUAAAAGUGGAGCGGGGUGUGGGGUCGGGUUGGAUGUGUGUUUGUGUUUGCAUGCUGAGGAGAACGCAUUGUUGGAAGCAGGCCGCGAACGCAUCGACGACGGCCGCACCAUCCUCUACUGCAACACCUGCCCUUGCUUGGGGUGCGCGAAAAAGAUCAUUCAGGUCGGGGUCAAGGAGGUCGUGUAUGCGCAGGCGUAUGGGAUGGAUGGGAUGACGGAGCGGUUGUUGACGGAGGCCGGGGUUGUGUUGAGGCAGUGGGUUGGGGUUGGGGGUGGGGGGGUUUGAAUUUGGGCAGGCACGCGAAGGAGCGGCGUAAG